CCAAAACCCAAACUAGCCAGAUAGCCAGCAGCCAGUCAGCCAGAGUUUCAACAAUUCAACAUUAAUUAAUUGGAAUUCAAAUUCGAAAUUAAUUCGAAAAAUUGGGCUCAUUUUUGACUAAACCUGAAAAAUAGUGCUGUAACUACUAACUGAAGCAGCGAUUUGUGAUGACUGAUAACUGUCGAACAGGAACAGUCGAGAUGUGAUGUAAUUGUGAUCGGGCUUACGCUUUUCCCUAGUCAAUGGAAAAUUCGCUUAGAAAUGGAGCUUCGAGAGUUGUGUUACGAUAAAGCAGAGUACGUUGAAACGGCAUCUGGAAAUAAAGUUAGCAGGCAAACGACAUUAUGCGGUUCCCAAAAUAUAAUUUUGUUGGGCAAAGUAAUCGUUCAGUCCAACGCUAUCGUCAGAGGCGACUUGGCUAAUGUGCGAACCGGAAGAUACUGCAUCAUUAGUAAAAACUCCGUUAUCCGACCGCCGUAUAAAAAGUUUAGCCACGGGGUUGCAUUCUUUCCCAUGAGAAUCGGCGAUCACGUGUUUAUUGGUGAAAAUUCGGUGGUAAGCGCGGCCGAUGUGGGAUCCUACGUUUACAUUGGCAAGGACGUAGUUAUUGGUCGACGUUGCAUAUUGAAAGACUGCAGUAUGAUCGCAGAUGGUACCGUAUUACCUCCUGAAACGGUGGUACCGUCUUUCGCCAGGUACGGUGGUUCCCCGGGCGUGUACGUUGGCGAACUGCCCGAAUGUACGCAAGAACUGAUGAUCGACUACACUCGAAGUUAUUACCAGCAUUUUGUUCCGCAACAAUCAGAUUAACGAGGAUUGAUCGUUUUUUUUUUUUUUUAGAAUUAUUCAUUUCUCGAUGUAAAUUAUGUACAUAAAAUAUACUCGCAUUCUUGCGAACGGAAUCAUUGUCAAUCGUAAUAAAUACACAUUUGGCGGCUGAA